GAGAGAGAGAGAGAGAGAGAGAGAGAGAGAGAGACAGAGUGGCCAUUGACAAUGAGAGUGUGUUUUUAUUGCAUGUGGGUAUGUAUGAGGCAAUGGAUGUAAAGAUGAUACAGAGCAAAACAUGAAGGUUUUUGCAUGUAUGCACAUUUAUAGAGAACGAAAGAGAGAUAGAAGAAAAUUACUGUCGUCCAGUAACACAAGUUUUAAUUACUGGGAUUGUGAGCUUUAAUCUGAUCAGACAUGCUGGACUAACCCUGGACACGCUGACAGGAGGAACACUCUAGAAACCAUGGCAGGUGUGAUCUUUGCAUUAUCCAGCCUGUUAUUAUUCCAGACAGUCUCCUCUUGCCCCAAAGAGUGCUCGUGUGACACUCAUGCCAAAGUGGUGGACUGCCGAGGACGAGGAUUAUAUGAUAUUCCACGUAAACUUCAUGAAGACACACUGGAGCUGUAUCUUCAAAAUAACCGUCUGCGAGGCCUGGGCUCCAUGUCCUUUCGAGAGACACCACAACUUCAAAUUCUGGACCUAGCAAACAAUUCAAUCACAACGCUUUCCCCUAGUGCCCUUUUGGGACUUAGAAGCUUAAAGGUCCUCAGCCUGGCCAAUAACUCUAUUAGGGAAGUGGAUCGACGCCUUCUGGUUUCAAUAAGAAAUCUAACCAUAUUGGACUUGUCCUUUAACACCAUAGGUGGUCUACCAGGAGCUCUUGCUGAUAGUUUCCACUUUCUGACCCAUCUGUCACUCCAUUACAAUCGGCUAACUAAGCUGGACCGUAUACACCUGGAGGCUCUUGGGAAUCUUAAAGUUCUGCAGCUGAAGGGCAAUCCUUGGAGAUGUGACUGUCAUCUGAUAGGACUCAAACUAUGGUUGGAGACAUUUGCCUUCAAAGGUGGAGUGGUCGACAGCGUCACAUGCAUCCAGCCUCAUCUCAUGCUGGAGCGGGAACUCCGGCACAUUCCCUACGAGCUUUUCCACUCCUGCAUGAUCACCAGCUACAGCUACCUGUUCGCCAACAUCCACUACCUGGACAAUAAGCAUCGCAUGCUCAGCGGGCAGCUCCAUCCAAGCCCCAGAGCACCAUCUGGGAGUGAUUUCAGCCCCCCAGGACAAGCAUUACUCCCUGAGUGUGAGGCCAAGCAGAGAUCCCGGCCUGUGAACUACAGACGUGCCAUAGCCACAGUGGUCAUCACAGGAGUGGUUUGUGGAAUUGUGUGUUUGAUGAUGUUGGCAGCAGCUGUCUACGGAUGUGCGUAUGCAGCAAUUAAUGCCAAGUACCAAAGGGAGCUGAAGAAGAAAGCGAAAGAAGCGGGUUCAGGAGAGGAGCGGAAAAACAUUGAAAGAGAGGAGGACAAAGAACCUCUUGAGUGACCCGAAGAUCAGCAUCACAUGAUGCACACGAAGCACAAAUACACAUCAGGGUUACACUCCAGAUUAUCCACAUACUGUUGUGUAUCUACAAAGUUACGUUCAUGACAAGUCAGUGUACUUGGCAGCCAUAUUGGCAAUGCCCCUAGGGCAGCUAUUUUCUAAUUAUGCAGAUACCUGAAAUGGGAAAGACGUAAAACUCCAAAACUAUUAUUAUUAUAAUAGGCUAGAAAAAAAUGUAUUGUUCAGGCUGGUCAAACACA